UAUUUGAUCGCGAAAUUGACAGCCCACGCAUUUGAUCGCGAAAUUGACAGCCCACGCAUUUUGGCCGGCCUACUGCGAGCGCGAAAAACGACAUUCAUGGCCCGCUUAGUUGUACAGCGCGCGCGACAUUUAACCCGCCGGGGCGCGAUUAAAAACAAUUGUUAAUCCCGUCUGGCGGCCUGCGUCGAUAAAGAAGAGCCGUGCGCCAGCUUGCGUCACAACCGCCGAGGCACGCUCGAUUUUAAUCGCGAACCAUGUACGUCGCGUAUGUUUAAAGGCGGGAGAUUUACCAGUUAUUUUCUGUCGGCAACAAAUAGGGUUCGUAUAAAUUCGAGGCUCGAGGCUACCCUCAGCUCAGCAAUCAUGCGAAUUCUAACCGCGCUGUUGGCGUCCGUCGUUUUUGUCGGCGCCAAGCCACACCUGCGGCACCCGGUAGUCCGUCGCAGGGACGAAGACGUUGUCCAGUCGUGCCCGAGUCCCGUCUACUGCCAGGGCGACCUUUUAGACACGGUCCAAUUGGCGGGGGUGUUUAAUGACUCCAAGACGUUCGUCGACAUGAGUCAAGUGAACUCCGUCGACGUCACGCUGGCCAAUUUUCGCGCCUUCAUGGCGGAUACGGGAGGCAAGCCGACUCGAGAACAGGUGGGACGGUUCGUAGAAGAGAAUUUCGUUAGUGAAAACGAAACGGUGUCGUGGUCGCCGCCCGACUACAAGAGCAACCCGGAAUUCCUCGCGAAAAUUGCCGAGCCGGAAGUGAGGGAGUUCGCGAAAAACCUGGUCUCGAUUUGGCCCCAGCUGGGCCGCAAAGUCGCCCCCGAAGUGGCACUCGAUCCCGACCGCCACUCGAUCAUCCCCGUGCCCGAGGGCUUCGUGGUACCCGGCGGCAGGUUCAGGGAACUAUACUACUGGGACACGUACUGGAUAAUACAGGCAUUACUCAUCAGCGAAAUGUACGACACCGUACGAGGCAUGCUCGACAAUUUCGUCUAUCUGGUUGACACUUACGGUUUCAUACCCAAUGGUGGUCGCGUCUACUACCUCAACCGGUCGCAGCCGCCAGUCUUUGCGCUAAUGGCCGCCCAAUACGUCAAAGCGACCAACGACACCCGCUGGCUCGCGGCCAACGUCGCCACCCUGGAGGCCGAGCUCGCUUUCUGGCUCGCCAACCGCACCGUCGCGGUCGUCAAGGACGGCGUUACCUACGAGCUGGCGCGGUACUCUUCACCCAGCAACACGCCGCGACCCGAAUCGUACUCUCAGGAUGUAGCGACGUGCUUCCCCUAUGACGAGGACGACGUCGCCGAGCGGCGUUGCUAUCGGGCCCUCAAAAGCGGGGCCGAGAGCGGCUGGGACUUUUCCACCAGGUGGUUUUUCGACGACCUGGGCGGUACCGAAACGAACUUGUCGCGGAUUGACGUCGAGCGUGUCGUGCCCGUGGACCUGAACGCAAUCCUGUACAAGGCGUUCGCCGACGUGUCCGAUUUUUACGGCCUCCUCGGCGACGACGUCAAGCAAACCGCCUGGUUGGAACGUUCAAGGACGUGGGGCGCGGCGAUCGACGCCGUCCUCUACGACCAGGUCGACGGUAUCUGGCACGACUACGACCUGGUCCUGCGACGUCCGCGGCGCCUGUUCUUCCCGAGCAAUUUCGUGCCCCUGUGGGCGGGAGCCCAUUCUCGGGAUCGUGCCGAAGAGUACGGAGGACGGGCGUCGGCGUAUUUCAUCCACAACGGCGUCGACGAAUACCUGGGGGGCGUCCCGACGUCGCUGGCCAGGAGCGGCGAGCAAUGGGACCUGCCAAACGCGUGGCCUCCCCUCCAGGAGUUCGUCGUGUUAGGACUGUUGAAUUCGGGCAACGAGAACGCGACGUUUAUCGCGAACCUGUUCGCGAACCGUUGGGUGACGUCGACGAUGAUCGGGUACCAAGAAAACGGCGUCAUGUUCGAAAAGUACAACGCAGUCGACCCGGGCCGGUACGGUGGGGGGGGCGAGUACGUCGUUCAAGCCGGCUUCGGGUGGACCAACGGAGUCGUGCUCAACUUUAUACGGAUUUUUUUUUCUGAGGAAUAAACGUCGCGGGAGGGGGGGGGGGGGGUGAAGGUCGAGUUGCGCUUCAUGACAACAAAAAAUUACGGGACAAUUAUUUUUUAAAAUAUUUAAAAAACGCCCGGCUAUCGAAUUCUGCGAAAAAAACAAACUUUCCUUGCGAAACAACGGAAACAUAAGUUUAUGUUUUGAUAUAUUUUUUAUUUUUAAGACAUUUCUUAUAAAUUUUACAAAUUGCAAAACUAUGGAUCAACUCGAAAACUCAAAAUGAAUUAAAGCGAAAAGCCUAAAUACAACUUUAUCCGACUUUCCGCUGUAUACCGCUGUAAAUAUGUACGUAUUAUAUUGUUUUGUUAUCAAACAAAUUAAAUGUAUU